UCCGGGCUAACUUCAGCUAACUUUAGCUAGGCUGACUGUGUUUUCCUCUGGUUUACCUCUGUCUCCGUGGCGCUUUGAGUCCUUCAGCUCGGAUGUGUUUAGGUGUGUAGUGACUAAAACAUUAAACAUGUCCUGUCUGCUCUCUGUGGUCGUGUUCACGCUGCUCGGAGCGGAAGUUUGGAGUAAAACGGUUACCGGACAGUUCAGGAGCGGAGCGGCGCGAGAGCACGGAGGACAGUUCAUCUCCUCAUUCAUGUUUACAGGGGACAACAGCCUGUUGGUGUGUCGGCUAGAGGACUCGGCUCUGGCUGCAGAGAAAGAAUCCAGACUCCUGCUGUACCCGAUCUUGGAUUUGGACUCGGACGACCUGAGCUGCUCUGAGAGGCUGUCUCGAGCUCAGUUCAGCAUCCUCCUCCAUCAGGACGAACACAACCUCACCCUUCCCCGUCAGGCCUCCCCCACCACCUGGAGGGCUCUGUACGCUGACAGGUACACCUGCCAGGUGAGCUCAGAGAUACCUGCUCUUUCUGACCUCACCUUCACCAUCUUGAUGUUCAACCCUGACUCUGCGGGGAACCCUCUUGACCACUUCAGUGCCCAGGAGGCAGGUCUUGUCAGCUUUUACUUCUUGCUGCUGUUGGCGUACUUUGUCUCCGGCUGUAUCUACUUUCAGCCUCUGUUUCAGGCUGUGAGGAAAGGCGGGCCCAUGCACACUGUCCUCAUAGUGCUGACUAUCGUCCUUUCCCUACAUGGGUGCUCUGCCAUCUGCAACUACAUCCACCUGGCCAGGUACUCUAGAGAUGGUGUCGGUAUUCCUGUGAUGGGCGGCCUGGCAGAGUGCUGGGACAUGGCGUCUCAGGUGUCCAUGCUCUACCUUUUGCUCAGUCUGUGUCUGGGCUGGACGCUGGGUCGUGGCAGGAAGCCUCAGUCCAGACCGCUGCAGUGGGAAAGCUCGCCGGUGUCCACAGCCGCUGCUGUGGGAGGAGUCAUCACACAGGGUGUGUUGUUGCUAUGGCAACAGUUCUCCGACUCUCACAGUGAUCAUCACAGUUUCCACUCGGAGCGGAGUUUGGCCUUCCUGUUGCUCAUCGCUCUCAGACUGAUCGUCACUCUGCUGCUCGCCUCUGUCCUCUACCAGAUCACGUCCACGGAGAGGAGCACGCUCAGAAGAGACUUCUACCUGAGCUUCACUAAGGGCUGCUUCUUGUGGUUCCUCUGUCAGCCUGUCCUUGUCCUCGCAUCGGCCAUCUUUGAUGAACACCAGAGAGAGAAGGUUGUGACUAUAGGUGUGGUCCUGUGUCAGUCUAUCUCCAUGGUGAUCCUCUAUCAGCUGUUUCUGUCUCGCUCACUCUACUGGGAGGUGUCCUCUCUCUCCUCUGUGUCUCUGCCCCUCACCAUGUCCAACCACAGGGGGCGCUACUGAGCUCUCAUCACCAUGUCCAACCUCAGGGGGCGCUACUGAGCUCUCAUCACCAUGUCCAACGUGCUACUGAGCUCAUCACCAUGUCCAACCACAGGGGGCGCUACUGAGCUCAUCUUUAACUCUCUGAUGGUCAGAGCAUGACUCAGGUCUUUAAAGGAGGAUCCCCUCCUCAGGGUCUGUUGAGAACCAGGAACCAAAGGGACUGAUUUCUGUUGGCUGACUGGUUUGGAAACCUGACCAUAGACGAUGGAGAUGUCUGUGACUCUGUGAUGAGACGGACCAGACAGACUGACCAGACAGGCGCCGUCUCUGUGAGGUGUUGAAUGUCAACAAUAAAACUGUUUCAAAUGUGA